UGGCGUGUGCAUUUUUCUCCUUGUCGUUCAAAACGUAAAUAUUUUCCUUUUUCCAUGUUGAGUGAAUUUGUCAUGGCUACAGGCUAAAGCAAAGCAGUUUGGCUACCUAAAUUUUCUUCGUUGUGUCACAUGCGAAUGCCCAUUAAGAGGAAGUGUAAGUGAAGUGAAAACAGGCAACCAGUGAAAAGUUCAUUGGCUGUGCAAAAAUUUGUAAAAUUAGUGACGAAAGUGGCUGCUACUGGUUAUAAUCAUGACUAUUAAACCAGUAGUGAACCAGAAAAGUUCGAAGGACGAUAGUCAGGAGGGCACUUCACAGAAUUUGGUCAACAAUGGAACGGUGGGUCGAAACGCCCAUAGGAAUGUUCUGAAUCAGCUGUCUACGUCAGAGGGUCAACAACUUCCAAGAGAAAAAAGGGUCCACACACCACACAAUUUUGAUAAUGAAUCUGUCCGACAUAGAAGGAGCCCACACAAAAAUCUUGGCCGCACUAAACGUGAGCACCACCAUAAAAGAGAGAACCGAGAGCGGGAUAAAAAUGCUUCUCCAAACUAUCAAGCAGUUUUGCCUUCUGUAAGUACCAAAAAGCAAACGACUCCCGCAUGUCCUAGCCCCCUGGGAAGUGCUGGAUGUCGUUCUCCCAAAAAUGCAGUUGCUUCUGGUAGCAGCAUUGGCGUAACAUCGGGCAGCGGCAGUAACAAUUCGAACAGCCUGUCCGCAACGGCCGAUGAAGCCCUCUCCGGUUACAAUAGCGGUGAUGAACAUAUUGGUCAAAAAGACGCACAACUCAGUCCGGACGAAUGGAAAAAACGCGACGAAGCAUUUGCCAAAAUAAUGUCCGAUCGCGGAUUUAUUCUUAAAGACAUGGUUGAAGACGGCGCUUGCCUGUUUCGUGCCAUUUCACUCCAAAUUUAUGGCGACCAAGAUAUGCAUGAAGUCAUCAGACAGCAAACGAUGGAUUAUAUUUACCAAAAUCGGGAAUAUUUUGCACAAUUCGUGACAGAAGAUAUAGACAAUUACGUCUCCCGAAAAAGAGCGAACCACGUCCAUGGUAACCAUAUAGAGAUUCAAGCAAUGUCUGAAAUGUACAACCGCUCGGUCGAAUUGUAUUGCUACCAACUAGAACCAAUUAACAUUUUCAAUUCCGAUCAAAUUAACAACGGAAACGAACCAUUGCGGUUGUCUUACCAGCGUUGCUCUCACUACAAUGCUAUUCUAGAUCCUUACAAGGCAUCGGUCGGAGUUGGCCUAGGUUUAGCAGGUUACCGACCAGACGAGCUAGAUAUUAAACAAGUAGCAGAUGCUGUUCGGAUGAGCGAAGAGUUGGAGAUUGAGCAAACUAUGUUUGAGGAUAAAUUGAAGACCACCGAUUGGGAAGCCACCAACGAAGCUAUAGAAGAACAGAUAGCCAGAGAAUCCUACCUGCAAUGGUGCCGUGACAAUAUGCGCAAUAAUCCCGGAAAAAAUAGUAAAAGCACCAGCACUAUCACAUCAAGUGACGUGAGUGGCGGUGGAGGUUGCAGUACAGCGACUAGUCCAGAAAAAUCACCAAAACACAAUGUAGAAGCUGCGACAAGUUUUCCCGACACGCUAUUACGUGAAUUUCGCAAGUCAACAUCUCCAUCACCAUCGAAUCUAUCGUUUAACCAAGGAAGUUCAUCUAGCUCGAAAAACAGUACACUUGACUUGGAUUGCUCAUUACCUGAAACGUCUUGUUCAGUUCCUUUUUACUUCAACAAUUGUAAUAGAAGAAAAAAACGAAACCUACACUCACCAGUGGACAAAUCCAGUGCAGAUAUGCUUUCAAAAAAAUCAAAACUAAGCGUUAGUAAAAUGGUUGAGGGCGAGGCAGACAGCGGCGCAAGUACAUCAGGUACGAAAAAGAACGAGAACAUGCCCCGCACCGAGCCGGUUUCCGAGUUUUAUCAAUCUUUACUGGAAUCUUCGUAUACGGAAGAUGGUAGUUUUGCGCAACUGAGCGAACGUGAAAUGAUACAAAAGGCCCUUGCAGAAUCGGCAAUGGAUUUUGUAAAGCGAAGUGACCGGACAAAAGGGUCACAGGAAGACAAAUAUGGUACCACAGAUGAAGAAUAUGAUUCCCCGUCGCCUUAAUUUAAUGAAAGAGUAGCAAUCUAGACAGACACAAGAAUGAGUUUUUUCUAUUUUCGGAAAAUAUUAUCUUCUUGUAAAAGUAGAAUACCUUGAGGCAACGCUAUACGCUGGUUCAUGUGUUGUUAAUAGCUGAGCACAGUCUCAAAUAAUGUAUGCUUUCUUCGGCACCUCGUAAGAUACAGAGAAAGGGAUACCAUAUUCUACUUCAGUGUAAUGAGAAGCUCUUAGAGGUAACCUUUCAUUUUUCAUUUCUUUCACCUCGUGGUAUCGAAAAGGUUUUUGUUUUGCAACAUUAAGCUAUGACAAUUGAUCUAUUUCAAUGAUACGGCAGAAUACCAUUUUAGUGUAUUGAAUUUCUCUUCAAAAUUUAAACAGAAUUUUGCUGAAGUUUAUUUACUAACCAUAAGUGAUUUAUUAUACAUUAUGAAUAUAUAUAUAUGCUAUUAUCUAGAAUAAAGAUAUUCAUAAGUGUAGACGCU